CCGGUUAGUUUUUAACUUAUUCCGCCGCGAGCACACAAUCACGAUGGCCGUCUUACUAAUAACAGCGUUCGUUACCUUAGCCAUUAUAUUAUUCGCGAUCCACCAAAAAUACACAAAUGGAUACUGCAAGUCGAAGAAACGCCUCGACGGAAAAACGUGUAUUGUGACAGGUGGCACCAGGGGCAUGGGCCUGGAAAUAGCGAGGGAGUUCGCGAGGAGAGGAGCCCGGGUCAUCAUAGCGUGCCCGUUCGAAGAAGAAGGAAUCAACGCUCAGAAACUAAUCACGAACGAAACUGGAAACCAUGAUGUGGUUUUCAAACAUUUGAAUCUGGCAUGCCUGAAGUCUACAAGGAACUUUGCUAGUGAUAUUUUAAAGACAGAAGACAGACUGGACUUGUUGGUGAACAACGCGGGCGCGGGAUCCAAGGACGCACUCACUCGAGAUGGGUUGAACUUCGUGAUGCAGAUCAACUACUACGGACACUUCUUGCUGACGCUCCUCCUGUUCCCGCUUUUGCAAAAGACCGGCACAUCAAGGGACAAAGCGAGAAUUUUGAAUACCACCUCGCUGUUACACUUCAUUGGGAAGUAUGAGCCGAAAAAUAUGAACAGAGUUGGCUACUGGUACAAGGUCCAGUACUACGCUAACAGUAAGCUGUGUUUUGUGUUGUUUUCGAAGGAGUUGGCGAGGAGAAUCGGGGGCUAUAAUGUUGUGGUAAACGCUAUAGAUCCUGGUGUUGUUGGUACCAAGAUUUUCAUGAUGAAUUUCGGGACAUUUAUUGGAUUAUUUAUAGAACAAUUUUUGUCGUUGGCAACCAAAACUCCUUGGCAAGGCUGUCAAACGGCACUGCACGUGGCGCUGGAUGACAAAUUGGGUGACAGCAGCGGUGGAUACUUUAGAAACUGUGAACUGUGCGCACCCAAAGCGGUGUGCUAUGACGAGGACACUGCCAAGAAGUUGUGGGAAGAAUCCGUGCAAUUAGUGAAGUUGGAACCAAGUGAAAUUGAACAGUUGCAUAGAAAGCUGUGAUAAUUUAUAAGUUAUUUUGUCAAGUGGUUUAGAAAAGUUAGAGUGAGUUUGUCAAAACUGUCUAUUUGUCUGUUAAAAUCAAUUUAGCUAUGCUGCAAUUUAGCUUCAAAUAAAUAAAUAAUAUGUAAAAAUAAAUAAAUAUACUGGAUAGUCGACAAUAACGCCUCUAACAGUGACAUUUUAUUUAAUAAUUGUAAAACGAGUAGUACGACUUUGAAUUUUUUAAAUUAAAUGAUUUUUUUGGGGUUCCAUACCUCAAAAGGAAAAAAACGGAACCCUUAUAUGAUCACUUAGUUGUCCUUCCGUAUGUCAAAAUCCCUUUUCUCAGGAAUGCUGCAGGUAUCAAUCUAAAAUGUAUACCAAAUACUCAGGUCUACUGCCCCUUAGGGCUGUGAAAAAAUCAAUCUUCUAAGUCAACG